AGCGCCUACCAUAGAGGGUAUUAGCAGGGAAUCACAGUGGCGAUCACAUUGAAACCACCCAAUGACGUCGCUGUGAGGCCUCUCCUACACACUACGUUCCAGCCUUGCAACCACACGGCGCUUGUCUUUAAGCGCUUGAAGCUCCUUUCAUUCACCUUGGCUACCUAACUUUAGCGAUUUAGCGAUUGUGCACGAAAUAUACCAGAGCCAACGGCAUUUCGAUCUUGUUUAUUCUUAUUCUUUAUUCCUGUUGGCUGCGCCAGAUAAUUCCAUAAUUCCACAUCCCCAUGCCUUCAUACCCCCAUCCCAAUCCUCCCAUCUAAUAGCCGCCAAAUUUACUGCAUCUAGAUCUUGUUACUAUUAGAAAUUAGAAUACACAACAGUCCCUCGUGUAGUAAGCCAUUCGCUACCGAGCGACAAUUUCUCAGGAAUCAAUCCCAGGUUGCUAUAUUGUUGUGCAGCGUGCUUCGAGAAAAGAUGGCAUCCGGACACAAUGAUCCCAGGCUACUAUACGCUAUUCAAGGCGUCUCAGCCUACCAUCUCGCCUAUGGGAAGGAAGAGUCCCUCACACCUGCUGGACCGCAGACAUUGUCACUGUUAAUGGUUCCGACAUCAUCUCCUUUCGCUGAACCUGUUUCGCCAGAUGGCCAGGAUGAACCGGCUGCUGAAGAUUUCUACCUUCAUCUUCAUCUACCACCCGAAUUAGACCUUCCGUUACCCGCGACUACUCAGAUCUACCACCAACCGCCUAGAAGCUACCUCAUCCCAAGAUGGGAUCUCGGUCCCGACAGCGGUGCCUUCACGCGCAUCGAAUUUCCUCCAGUCGGCAGUCGUAAAGGACUCCAAGAGGAUAUAGACACUUUCGAAACAAUCCUGGCGCAAUGUACUGCGUUUCUCGAAAGGGCGCCGCCGCCAAAGGCUGCAAGAAGAGAAAAGGAGAAAGAGAAGUCCUCAUCGUCAACGCCGCCAACUUCUACUAGAUCAUCGCCAAAAACGUCCAAGUCUAAGGCUGAACCUUCCGAACAACUUCCAGCAUAUAAUCCGGGUUCAUACAAACCUGGUGAGGGCUACGUGAAGGGCAGCCAAAGUGCUCAGUCAGGCGGCCAGAUCGUACUGGUCGAUGAAGAAGAUGGUAGUGUUAUAGGAGAACUAUCGGAUGGGUUCCAGAUCAUCGAGUCUGGCGUGAAACCAGGUUCUAAAGAUCCCGUCGAGAUUACUCUUCCGGAAGAAGGAACGAACAAGCUUGCUGUAGUCCCUGCGUCGCCGGAAACCCUGGAAAUGGAACUACAUCCAGCUUACAAAAAGUCGUUCAUCGUAUCAAAAGCCGCAUACGCAUCUCGAUUGAUCAUAACCACCUCAGAUCUAGUUACCAAUGCUAUGCAGAGUGGCUCGGAUAGCUUUGUUAAGAAUACGAAACCCACCAGUAAGGCUGUGACAUUUACGCCUGCAACACAUGAACGAGUCCGCCGGAUAGGUACGUUCUCGGGAGGCGUGGCCGAGCUUUCGUCCAAAACGGUUGGGCAAGUGACCAGAUUGGCCCAAAAUGUGGGAGCUACGGUCGCAGGGCGCGGUGUCAGAGAAGGAAAAAGGGGUUUCGGUCCGGAUGGGCAACCACUUGAGUCAUUCAAGCCCGGUCUGUUGAACAAGAGUCUAAUGGCUUUUACGACCGUUGCGGAUGGAAUUGACCAUGCAACACGCAAUCUCUUAACUUCGGCAUCGUCGUCUGCGACAAAUAUAGUGGCUCACAAAUGGGGAGCCGAAGCUGGAGAGCUGUCCAAGCACCUAGGUGGGAGUGUCAAGAAUGUCGGUCUGGUUUAUAUUGAUGUUACGGGAGUCUCUCGAAAGGCUGUUAUAAAAGCGGUAGGAAAGGGUAUGGUGGUUGGGAAAGUAAAAGGAGGAGGCGAAAUCAUUGUAGGGGAUGAUACUAGUAGUGCAAUGCCGGCAAAGAGGUCUAAUAGCUCUAAGGCGUAUUUGGUUUCAGAUUCAACAAGCAGUAGUAGCGCAUCAAACAGCAAGGCGCCGAAACGUUAGCAACGUAUUAUAGAAACUUGGGAGGUUUGUACAAGUUUACGACCAUAAGAAAAUAUCUAAUGAGAUAAGAACAAAAAAUAGCAAACAUGAGUGUGUAAUGUAAUAGUGUACCUAUUAGAUCGUAUCAAUUGGAUGUGACGUAGAAUUAUUACAGGUACAUGGUUAUAAAGUCACGUGCAC